GGCGGGCUCCGCUCGGUGGGCUUCGGGCGCGCAUGGGGGCGAGGCCCUGCGCUGCGGCUUUGCUUCGUUCGCUUCGCGGCUCCCCCGCGGCCCCCGGUGUUUGGGUCUUAGCCAGGCGGUAAAAGCAGUGUGGGUCCCGUCCCCCCUCUCCCCGCCGUGGCCGUACCUCCUCUCCCGGAGAGGUCCGCUGGCACAGGCCAGCUCGGGCUUGCGGUGUGGGGGCUCGCUACCCGGCGAAGCUGCAUCGCGGCGGCUGCUCCCGGUGCCUUACGCCCGGCGGAGCGUGAGGGGGAGCCCUGGGGCCGCUCUCCUCCGAAACAUCUUGUGCUUUCCCCGGCCGGACCUCGGAACCGGCAGGGACAGUGUUGGGGCGUCCAGCGGGGAGGCGGUUCGCUGUGCCGCAGGUUUGGUGCCGAGCAUCCCUUCGCAGCCUGGGCUUGGUGGCGACUAAAGAACCCAUCACUUGCGAGUUUCGUAUUUGGUUUUAGCAGUUCUUAAGGAGAAAGAUGGUGCCGGGGACCUGCCAGCCGCAGCUGGUGGGAGGCCGGGCCGCCUGACGUGGCGGCUGUGCUCCUGAGGGGCUCCGAGCUGAGUGGGGGCCUGGGGCCUGGAGGGCUGCUGAGGUGCUCGCUGGCCCAGCAGCUCGCUUCUUGCUAGUUAAGAUGUUAAUAAGUUCCUCGUUGUUUAUAAAGUUUACGAAUAACAUACAUGAAAGGAUCAAUGUGAAACCUCCUGGGGAGGCCUAGUGUCUUCACAGCUUCUAGUUUUCUUGCGGAGGUUGCACUUGUGUAGGUACCCUUAAGUGGGAUUUUUUUUUUUUAAUAAACUGUUUCCAUGAUUAUGAAGCUUUAUUCAGUAAUGUACUGAAUUAAAGGGUGUUGUAUUUCAUUUACUAGCCUAAUGUUUUGGCCUGUUUUCCAGUGACUGCUCUCUGAUACUUUUAAUGUGUUGACUUCAUGUUAACUACUAGGAAGAAUCACUUCUAAAAAUCUUUCAACUGUAGGGAGGAUCCAUGAUCAUGCUUUGGUAGACCUGCACAGAUACAAAAUGCAAAUAAUCUUUCAGUGUUUGUUGCCAUGGUUUUCUGGACCAGGCAAGAACAUUAACUUGGAUUUGUUGCACAUCCUGUGUAUUUUAAGUACAAGCUCCAAAGUGGUGACAACUGUUAAAACUUACUUCGAAAGCCCAGAUGUGAGACUUUACAACAUAAAAUUGCUCUGUCUUCACGUUAAUUGACAUCGUUGGAUAAGAAGUACUGGAAGUAGCUUUCUGGUUUGCCAUCUGUGACCACUUCUGUUGUUAUGGCUGUGUAUGUGGAUCAUAGAACAGAAGCUCCUGAUACAGUUGCCUCCCCUUCUCAUAUAGCAUGGCACCCACUUCAUCCACUCCUGGCAGUUGCUUCCAUCAGCACAGCAUCUGGGGGCUGUGUGGAUAUCUACCUGGAACAGGGAGAGCAUGUGUCUGACGCACAUGUUGAGAGAAACUUUCAGGUCACAUCACUUUCCUGGCACCCCUCUAGACCGAUUCUUGCAGCAGGCUGGGAGUCUGGAGAAGUUGUGAUACUUAACAAACAAGAUAAGGAGCACCAUGCUGUACCACCAAAUCAUAAUGCAAAAAUUACAGCCCUAAACUGGAGUACAAAUGGUACCAGCCUUGUGUCUGGUGAUAGGCAUGGUGUCUUGGUUCUAUGGAGAAUGGACCAGCGAGGCAGAGUGCAGGGUCCUGCCCUGCUGAAACAAGAGUAUGGAAAAUGUCUGUCUCGCUGUGUCUUUCGACCACCUCCUCCUGGCGAGGACUUUGUACAGCUGGCAAAAGCAGCUGUGAGUGGUGAUGAGAAGGCCUUGGAUAAGUUUAACUGGAGAAAAGCUGGAACAGGAACACCUCUGAAAAUGGGACUCCAGGAAGGACUCUCCUUCUUUAUCACUUUGACAGAUGGUUCUGUGCAUUAUGUGAAUGAGAAAGGAAAGACAAGGCAUGUAUUGUCCACAGACAGUCUAGUCCAAAAGCUUCUGUUCAUGGAGAAAAGAGAUGUUUUACUUGUAAUAACAGAGAAUCUGCAGUUGUCCUUGCAUGCAGUUACUCUUGAGGGAGAGGCAGAAGAGCUCAUGAAGGUGAAGUUGAGUGGGAAGACAGGUCAUUCUGCAGACAUCAUUUUAAUAGACCAUAGCCUUGUUGUUACGGCACUAGGUGAGACAGUCAUCAGAUUCUGGGAUUUGGACCGAGACGAGAACUAUGUGCUCUCCCCAGAUGUGCAAUUUGGCUUUGAGGGAGGAGAAUGUAUCAACUGUAUUUCUUACUGCAGUGCUAAAGGUCUCUUAGCAGCUGGUACUAACAAAGGGAGAAUAGCUAUGUGGAGGAAAGCGUCAGGAUCCGAUCAGAGCAUACGGGCUUUGGAGGGCAAGGAGAAGUGGAAGCUCCAGGCACCUACUGAACUUGAAGGAAAUGUCACUCAGAUAAAGUGGGGCUCCCGAAAAAACCUGCUGGCAGUGAACAACAUCAGCUCUGUGGUGAUCCUGAGUGAGCAGGCCAUAUUGUCUCAUUUUCAUCAGCAAGUGGCUGUUGUACAGGUGUCUCCCAACCUGUUUAACGUGACCAUCUUCAGCACAGGAACCACACACAGUCUUCGUGUUGAUAUGAAUGUUAAUGGAGUCUUCGCUACUAAGGAUGCUGUAGUAUUCUGGAACGGGAAGCAAGUAACUGUCUUUGAGUACUCAGGAGAUGCCUUCAGAAGUGCAGGCUCUUUUCUUUGUGACUCUCCAGUUCUGUCUGUGCAUGGAGAAAAUCUGUACACAGUUGAGCCAUAUCGCGUCCAGGUCCGCACCUGGCAGGGCACAGUUAAACAGCUGCUGGUGUUCUCCGAAGCAGAGGGGAAUCCGUGCCUCUUGGACGUCUGCGGAAAUUUCCUGGCUGUGGGAACUGAUUUGGCUCACUUUAAAAUCUUUGAUCUCUCCCGCAGAGAGGCAAAAGUGCACUGCAAUAGCAAGAAUUUCUUUGAGCUGUUUCCUGGCCUUGGAGGCAUUGCAUCUGUCAAGUGCAAUGCUAGUGGCAAUAAAGUCAGCAUCCUUGUUAGCAAGGCGGAUGGGAACAUUGAUUCCAAGAUCUGUUUCUAUGAUGUUGAAAUGGACAAAGUUACACUCUUUGAUUUCAAGGCUGAACAGGGAAACGGUAGAGAGAAGCUUUCUUCUGGACAAAGCAUUGACAAGUCUGUUUUGGAGUAUCCAGAGUUGCACAGUCACAUCCCUGCUUGCCAUUUCUGGGAUCAGAGUGAACCAAGACUUUUUGUAUGUGAAGCAAUUCUUGAAACAGGCCUACAGUCUCCAGACCAGAAGAAAAACCAGACUGAGAGCACAAUGGAUGUUUGGAUUAUAUCGUUCUUCAGUACUGAAGAGCAUGGCCUUUUGCUUCAGGACAGUUUUCCAUUGCCUUCAUCCUACCAGGUUCUUCUGGGCAUAGAGGUGCCACAUUAUUACUUUGCAAAAAAGUUGUUUUUUCGGAGGGGAUGUGUCUAUAAACCUCUGGGAGAAGCUGAGAAAGAACAAGCAGAGUCGGGCUCAAUAAAGGUGUCUCAGAUGGUUGUGAGAAGACCCAUGAGAGAUUUCAUUGGAUUAGGAGACUGUGAUAAGACUACCCGGGAUGCCAUGCUGAACUUCAGCUACUAUCUGACUGCUGGAGACAUGGAUGAGGCCUUCAAAUCCAUCAAGCUGAUAAAAAGUGAGGCUGUCUGGGAGAACAUGGCUCGCAUGUGCGUGAAGACUCAGAGGCUCGAUGUUGCCAAAAUUUGCCUUGGAAACAUGGGUCAUGCAAGAGGAGCCAAGGCAUUGAGGGAGGCUGAACAAGAACCAGAGCAGGAGGCCAGAGUGGCGGUGCUGGCCAUUCAGCUGGGCAUGCUGGAAGAUGCGGAGCGACUCUACAAGGCUUGCAAACGUUACGACCUCCUGAACAAGUUCUAUCAAGCCUCAAACCAGUGGCAGAAAGCCAUCGAAACAGCUGAAGCUCACGAUCGGGUUCACCUACGCACCACGUACUACAACUAUGCUAAGCACCUGGAGGCAACCGGAGAGCACAGUCUUGCACUCACCCACUAUGAGAAGUCAGACACGCAUAGGUUUGAGGUACCCCGCAUGCUCUCUGAAGACUUACAAGCCCUGGAGAACUAUGUCAACAAGAUGAAAGACAAGAGCCUGUGGAAAUGGUGGGCACAGUAUCUGGAAAGCCAAUCCGAUAUGGAAUCUGCACUAAAAUACUAUGCGCUGGCUCAGGAUUAUUUUUCCCUAGUCCGUGUCCACUGCUUUCAGGGCAACAUUCAGAAGGCUGCUGAAAUAGCAAAUGAAACGGGGAAUUGGGCAGCAUCGUAUCACUUGGCCCGCCAGUAUGAGAGUCAGGAUGACAUCAAGCAGGCUGUACAUUUCUACACCAGGGCCCAGGCAUUUAACAAUGCCAUCCGCUUGUGUAAGGAUAACAAUUUAGAUGAUCAGCUGAUGAACCUGGCUCUUCUCAGCUCUCCAGAAGACAUGAUAGAGGCAGCCUGCUAUUAUGAGGAAAAGGGGGAGCAAAUGGACAGAGCUGUCAUGUUAUACCACAAGGCAGGACAUUUCUCCAAAGCACUGGAGCUUGCCUUUGCCACGCAGCAGUUUGGGGCCCUACAGCUAAUUGCUGAAGACCUGGAUGAUAAAUCAGACCCAGCUCUGCUAGCCCGCUGUUCUGAUUUUUUUAUUGAACAUGCUCAGUAUGAGAAGGCAAUGGAGUUGCUGCUAACAGCCAAAAAGUACCAUGAAGCUCUGCAACUUUGCCUGAAGCAGAACCUGACCAUUACGGAGGAGAUGGCUGAGAAGAUGACGGUCUGUAAGGACUCCAAGGACCUCUCUGAGGAGGCCCAGAGAGAGCUGUUGGAGCAAAUCGCUGAUUGCUGCAUGAGACAAGGCAAUUACUACAUGGCGACCAAGAAAUACACGCAAGCAGGAAACAAGUUAAAGGCUAUGAGGGCACUGCUGAAAUCUGGAGAUACCAAGAAAAUUGUCUUCUUUGCGGGAGUUUCCAGAGAGAGAGAGAUUUAUAUCAUGGCAGCCAACUAUCUACAAUCACUGGAUUGGCGGAAGGACCCCGAGAUUAUGAAGAACAUCAUUAGCUUCUAUACUAAAGGAAGGGCCCUUGACCUGCUCGCAGGUUUCUAUGAUGCAUGUGCUCAGGUAGAAAUUGAUGAGUAUCAGAACUAUGAGAAAGCACAAGGAGCACUGACAGAAGCAUAUAAGUGCCUUUCAAAAGCAAAGACUAGAAGCCCUCUGGAAGAGGAAAGCAAACUAGCACAUUUGCAAAGCAAGAUGACCCUGAUUAAGCGAUUCAUCCAUGCUCGGAGAGUUUACUCUGAAGAUCCCAAGGAGGCAGUCAGACAGUGUGAACUUCUCCUAGCUGAACAAGAUUUUGACAACGCCAUCCGUCACGGCGAUGUCUUGGGAUUUCUGGUUGAACAUUAUGUACAAGUGCAGGAAUUCCAUAUGGCUUACCGGUAUCUGGAAGAGAUGCAGAAAAGAAUUCCACCUAUGAACCUGAGCUACUACGUGACUCCACAGACCAUUGAGGCAGUUCACCGAGGAGUAGGCAUUCCCAUAAGCCGCACCCUGGUUCCAGAACAAAUGUGCCACAGCAGUAUGGAGAACAAGGAGGUGGAAGAAGAAGUAGCUGAUGAAGUGGAGGACCCCUGACAACUUACACUUAAACGCAAAGUUGACUUUAAUACUAGGUCAUUUAUUCUGUCCGCGUUAGGGGUCGUACAUCAGUCAACACACUGCUGUGACAAGGCUUUUUGGUUAUUACCAAGAAAUUUGUUCUUCCUGCUGGACUGUACAAGCAACAGUAUUGAAGUUAAUAUGUUACCUCAAACACUGCAUACAAAGAUUCACAUGUAUACCCUGUAAUGAAUCUAUUUUUAGUAUUAUAAUAAAUUUGAGGGGGGGAAAAAACAACAAAAACUGCA